GGAAUCACUAACACAGCGAACGAGGCGUAAAGUGACCGUGAAGAGAUGGGAGUGAACUGCGUUUGUGGUGCUGAGGACGGGACAGAAAACACGGUUUGACUCCAUGUAUCCACGCCCUAUCGUGGCGACAGUUGUUGCGCGUUUUAUUUAUACAUAAAUUCUAUUUUUUUAUUUUAUGAAAGAACGCCGCCCGUUGACAACAAUGGGCUUUUUACCCAGCUGUUUCACCUCUACUCGACCACAAACACCUCUUUUAAAACACCACAAGUGCAUCGGGUGAAGACGGGAAAUCGAAAAUACAUUUACAAAAAAGGGCAACUUCAGCUGAAAUAGUAGGUUAAUGACAUGCUAACUGUUAGCCAGCGUGGCUAGGUGGGAACUUUCGUGAUGAGUUGCUGCUAUCAGCUCGAGAUAGCAGCUGCGCGUUAACAUCGGUGAACACGGUCGAAGUUCGUGGCCGACACGAUCGUCGCUAAGCUCUGCUCAAAAUGUUGCUUCACUGGCUUCAAAUGAAUGUGACGUACUCAGCACCGGGUGUUGCCUGCAUGAUGCCUCAGCGGCCGUGACACUUCCCACUGAACGCGAACGUUUGGACCGACAUCUACCAAGCGGACAAUGAUGGGAUCUUUGAAGGCUCUUCAGGAGUGGUGUCGGAUGCAGUGUGAACCUUAUCAAGACGUGGAAAUAAGGGACAUGUCGACGUCAUUUCGGGACGGUUUGGCGUUCUGUGCCAUCAUACACCGACACAGACCAGAGUUGAUUGACUUCAGCUCCUUGUCCAAGGAGAAUGUCUACGAAAACAACCGACUGGCAUUUGAGGUUGCAGAGACUCAGCUUGGAAUUCCGGCUCUGUUAGACCCAGAAGACAUGGUGUCCAUGAAAGUCCCUGACCGACUUAGCAUCAUCACUUAUGUCUCCCAGUACUACAACUUCUUCAAUAACAAGUCACAAGCAAACCCACCUUGUAUGAAGCGACUUGGUUCAGUCAAUCCCAGCGAACCAGCCCAGAAGAAACCUCCAACUCCUUUUGAGGCCAAAGUCAGUAACUCAGAGCCAGCGGAUGCUGAAGGUGGAGGGAGGUCCAGCACGCUUAGCAGCACCUGCGCCAUCUGCCACAAGCACGUCCAUCUAGUGCAGCGCUUCCUGGUGGAGGGCAAGCUCUACCAUCGCAACUGCUUCAGGUGCACUGAAUGCCACAGCACCUUGCUUCCUGGAUCCUACAAAUUUGCAGGUGAUUCCGUGACAUUGGUCUGCACACACCAUAUCGCAAGGCAAGCUUUGGCCAAUCAGAACGGACGCCCUGAUCUCAGCAAGGGGCCUGACGGAGUCCAGUCAGCAAGAAUCGGUCGCAGCGCCACGCCUCAUCACAUCUCGGACUCUAGAAGUGACCAGACGACGGACACGUGUGCAGAGAGCAGAGACGUCACAGAGACACAUGCCACUGUUGUUGCUAGUGUCACUCCUGCUCCAUCCAGCAGUACUGAUUCUUCUGAAGAUGCAAACUUAACUCAUCAUAGUGGAGGAGCUGAAGAGGGCAAACGUCCUUCCACUCCACCAAACCCUUUCGAUGAGAGUGAUGAGGGGGAGGAAGAACACACGGGAGAUGACGCUCGAACAGUGGACACGUUUAAGCCAAAUGGAGAUCUUCCUUCUAGACCUGUUGCUCAAAAUGAGAGUGCUAGUCGACCAGUGCCGGCACCCCGUCGAAUACCUGAGCCCACCCCUCCACCCCGGCCCUCCCCUCGGGUAAAGCUGCCUCGGGCGACGGACCGUUCACCAGCAAGGGAACAUUUGAAGCCUCCUACUCCUCCCAAACCUCGAGCAAGGUCCCGAUCUCCAGGAAGCUUGUCCGGUGGUUCCCAUAAACCAAAAGACCCUCCAUGGCUCGCUCUGGUCCAGUCCGAAUCCAAGAAGAAAAAGGCCCCUGCCCCUCCUCCCCUGGCGGGAGUGGCAACACCCAUAAAUGCAGGCUCUUUGUCCCCUCUCAAAGGUGAAGGCUCCAGACCCAGUACACCUCCAGCACCGGCGAACCCGUUCGAGGACGAUGAGGACGAGGAAAUUAUUGAGGAAGAGGAAAGUGAGACCAAAGAUAGGAAUGCGAUUCCCUCUGCUGUGGUGGCCAGUCAUCCCUGGUACAGCAUCAGUCAGGCAGCCGAUGCCUCAGGUGCAGAAACUCCCCGCAGUGGAGGGAGCCCGUCUCGCUCAGCCAGCCCUGCAAGUGGCAAGAGCAAGAAGCGUCCGGCUCCUCGUGUUCCUCACCUCCCGGCCAGUAGCCAAGUCCUUCCUCACUCUCAGAGUUCCUCUUGCUCCCCUUCACCAGCUCUCAGCAUAGAAAGUUUGUCCUCUGGAUCAGACCACAGCUCCUCUCAGCCUCCCUUGAGCAACACCACCUGCAGUGACCCGGAGCUUGGAUUCACCAAAAGUGUCUCCGAGCCUUCCAUCUGCUCCCCAUCCGCUGCCUCUCCACCAUCUUCCUCCUCCACGGAGGGAUUCCCCCAUCCUUCUCUCAGCACUUCCUCUUCACCGAUGCCUUCCAACACCAGCUCUGCCCCGGCAACCCCUCAAACCGGCCGCAGCUGUGACUCCAGAGGAAAUGCAGGCUCCCCGCCACAGCCAGUGGCGACCAUCAGCCCUCUGGCGAUCCCAUCGCAGAAGAGGACAUGUAAGGAAAACCCCUUCAACAGGAAAGCUUCACCUUCACCUUCACCAGCUAAAACCAAAAGUAAACCCCCCAAAGGCCCUCGACCUUCCAGACCUCCAGCCCCGGGUCAUGGCUUCCCACUUAUCAAGCGCAAGGUACAGUCAGAUCAGUACAUCCCCACAGAAGACAUCUAUGGAGAGAUGGGCCAGCUGGAAAAACAACUGGACGAGCUGGAACAGAGGGGAGUGGAGCUGGAGAAGAAGCUGAGAGACAACCCAAAUGAUGAGGAUGAGGAGCAUCUGCUGGUGGAUUGGUUUACUCUCAUUCAUGACAAGCACCUUCUAGUCCGACGAGAAGCAGAGCUGGUCUACACAGCAAAACAGCAAAACCUGGAAGAGAGGCAAGCAGAUGUGGAGUAUGAGCUCAGGUGUCUGCUCAACAAGCCAGAGAAAGACUGGAGCGAAGAGGAUAAGAGCCGGGAGCAGGAGCUGAUGGCGGAGCUGGUCACCAUCAUCGAGCAGCGCAACCAAAUCGUCAACAACAUGGACCAGGACCGACAAAGGGAAGAAGAGGAGGACAAACUCAUGGAGGCCAUGCUGAAGAAAAAAGACUUCCAUAAGGAUUCUGACAGUGAGCAGCAGCAGCAGCAGCAGCUGCAGAAGAAAAAGGGAGCAAAGUUCAAACCUAUAAAGGUGCUGAAGAGGUUGAGUCACAAAGGAGAACCUGGGAAAAGUCCCAGAAAGGAGAAAAGCUGAAGGUCUGAAGGAGGAUCAGACUGAUCAAUGAGGUUGUAAUGGGACGUCUUAGGAGGACCACUUCAUCAGAUGCAGCCCAGUCUGUGCAACAGACGCCUUUCCUGGUUUGAGUGAAAGAUUUCAAGAGGACUACGCCACACGUCAGGAACACUCUGCUCCAAAAAGUAUCUCGAACUCAAGUGCUUUAAUCGUCUCUUUGGACAUGUUGCGUUUGCACAUUGACAUUUCCCGGAGGCCUUUUCAUCAACGUCUGGAUAAGCAUUCUGGCUUAACAUCAAGCUUUCAGCGGCACAUUUCACCGAACCUGUCAGUAUAGAAGCAGUGGUACUUUGUUAUUAACUCUUAAUAUCUGCAGUGGGUUUCGUUACUCUUAUCAGCCACAGUGACACUUGGGUCACAGUAGAACUUCGAUAGGAAAACUCCGCAUCUUACCUGGUUAAUACUCUGCUUAAGUUCUAACAUUGUUAUCAAAAAACCCAUCACGUUGGUGUCCGCUGACUCGUCGCCUUCAACGUUUUGCGCUGCUCCUUUGGAUCUUUUGCUCUGCGAAUGUAUCCAAAUAAUGUAUUUUGUACGUCACGAAUUGUAGUGUUAAUAUCCUUUAAAACCUGUGAAAGGAAGCUCGCAGAGCUGCAUAUGUUCAAGGUUGCUCAGCAGUUGUUUUGCCAACCAUACAUGGCAGCAGUGUGUUCUAGCUUGGAGUAUAUGCAGCUCACUGCCAUACUUGAAAUGUCGCUCCAUUUUUGCACCCAGAUAAAGCCCUUACAUCUCCGACAAAGUCAUUCUAAACUUGACAAUAUUGUAUUCAUUUAAGAAAACGUUUUUAUUUCUACGCUCUUGCUGAGCUCCUGCGAGUCCGCAGCAGUGCCACAGGUGCUGUUUGGAAAGACAGCACCACAGCUGGACUCAAAAAUGCCUUUCACUUCAAUUUAAUAUCAUAGAAACCGAAUUUUAGGUAUGAAAAGAAUAACAUUUAAGUAGCUGUCCUCCAGCUACGACAGGUGUUUUGGUUGUAAACAAGCAUCAACAAGGUGACCGUUUAAUAAUAAUGUCUGGAAGUGACUGGUGUCCUUGCGAAUAUCAAGCAGAUGCAUUUUAAACUGUUAUUGAAACAUGGUAUCAAACCAAUCAUACAACAAAUUGAGUUGCUCAUGCACAGCAUCUAAGACCAGUGGCCUCUCUGUGUUGGUUUUAUUUCACGUCUUGUAAAUGUCGGCUUCUUUGGUUUUUAAUUCUCCUGUAUGUGCUUUGUGUCCUCUCUGUUUUAAGUCACACGCUUAGUUCAAUGUCUCCAGCUGCGUCGUCUUUGAGGGCUUCCACGUUUCGGACCAUGUGUGGGCAGAAGAUGAUAAACAAACAGAACCAGUAAACGUUCACGGCUGUGUAAGUGUUUGUUGUCAUAUAGUUUCUCACUGCGUGUGGCUGGUAGUGGCAUUUGUUUUCAGCCGUAUUGUCUUGCAGCUGACAGUCCCAUCGCUCCACUACCGUCACCUGACUUGAGCUUCUCUUAAAAAGCUAGACCCGUGGGGUCCUCUACUCCGUACGCCAUCAGAUUGAUCAGCCGUUUCUUCUCCUUCUCCAUAUCCUCUGUCAGGUCCACACAGAAAAUGAGGUCUGAGAAACGGAAUUGAGUACAUUUGAGUUGUCUUACUUGGGGGCGGAAGACUGGGAGUCUCUUUGGUGAAACUGCUCCACAGACGGCAAGCCUCUUUCCUGCGUUUCCGACAGGCAGAGAAAGACUCCACCUCGACCGGCUUAGUGGGCUUGGGCUGCUGAGGGGCAGGUCUGACCUUCUGUGGUGACUGAGCUGCUUCUUCUUUAAAAAAAAGAACAAUAUUAAAACAAAAAAAAGAUUUUGAGAUGACGCUUAGACUUACUUUUCUGGGACUCACUCAUCUGUUUUCUCAGGAGCGAAAUAUAAUCUGACUCACGUUUUUGCACUGAAUAAGAGAAAGAAUGUCGAGUUAGUAAAUGCUCACACUCCACUUUACUAGAACUGAUUCUGCACGAUCCAAAGUGUUCCUGAAUGACACUUAACGGCAGAACGUCCGCUCACGUUUCAGCCUCUCCUGCAGCUCUUUGCUGUACGGAAGCGGCCUGGCUGUGUUCCACAGCCCAGCUCUGCUCCACUUCUCUGCAUUCCCCAUCUGGAAAACACAUCAUUUUAUGUGAGUACAGCAAAAAUAAUAUAAACACUUAAACGGUUAUAAUACAAUUGCAGUUAUGGUGUGUUAGUUGUGUAACUAAAACACUUCAUCCAGAUUUGCACGCUCACCUGUUGCUGGUGGUAACUUCACACAAAUGUUAAACAUGAAUUGCAAAAAUAAAAAGCACAUACUUAUAUAUGUUUAAAUCCCGCAUGCAAAAGUGAGCUUUCAUCUGUCCCAUUAAAGGAUACAAAGUGCUGUACAUUUACGGUAUAAUUCACAAUAUAUAUGAGGGGAAAAGUUAAUGUUUUGGAUCCUAAAUCCAACUAGUGAUAUAAAUAACUGCUCAAUUUACCUUUUCUGUUGACAAAAGUUCCAGAGACUUCACUCAGUUGAAUGUUGCGUCCUUUCACUGUUUUAAAGUGGCGAGGUGGCAAGACACAUUAAGUACAGACAAAAAGGAAAAAAUAUAUAUUUCCAAGUAUUAUUUAAAUAAUAUGAACUCAAUAAACACAGAAAAUGAUACAAUGUAUAUUACAUUGUGU